AUGGCUUUCCGGAGGACUAUUGCCGCUAUUGCGGCCCUGUCAUCCAUUGUCGUUCCUUCUGCUGCGUUGGAUGUGGAUUUGAAGACUAAUCUCGCCAUCUACUGGGGUCAAGGUCCUAAUCAACAACGUCUGAGCCACUUCUGUCAAGAAACAUCUCUGGAUAUCAUCAACCUUGGCUUCAUCAACAUCUUCCCCAACGCCGUCGGUGACUGGCCAGGCUCUAACUUUGGCAACCAAUGUGAUGGCAAUGUCUACCCUAAUUCGGAACUUCUCAGAGGCUGCCACCAGAUCUGGGAGGAUAUCCCGGUCUGUAAGGAGAUGGGCAAGACUAUCAUGCUGUCCAUUGGUGGUGAGACUGCCUGGGAGUAUCUGAGCAGUGAAUUGCAAGCAGUCUGGUUUGCCGACUUCUUGUGGUACUCGUUCGGUCCUCAGAAUGAGGCCUACACCGACGCCUAUCCUCGUCCAUUCCUGACCAACUCUGUGGAUGGUUUCGACUUUGAUAUUGAGCACGAUGGCGGCGCUUUCUACGCUGUCAUGAUCAACCGUCUGCGAUCCCACUUCUCCGAGUACCCUGACCAGACGUUCUACAUCUCGGGUGCUCCUCAGUGCCAGAUCCCCGAUACGCAGCUCAGCAAUGCCAUCUCCAACUCGUUCUUCGAUUUCAUCUGGGUGCAGUUUUACAACACCGCUGGAUGCUCUGCCCGUGACUUCGUCGAGGGCACUGGCAGCUUCAACUUUGGCAACUGGGUCGAUGUCAUCAAGGCCAGUAGCAACCCUAAGGCCAAGCUGUUCAUUGGUCUUCCUGCUGCUGAGGCUGCUGCUAAUGCGGGCUACUAUUUGACCCCCACGGAGGUGGCUCCUCUGGUUGAGACAUACAUGGAGCUGUACCCUAAGCACUUUGGUGGUAUCAUGCUGUGGGAGGCUACUUAUUCCGAGAAUAACCUCUCCCCCGAUGGCCUCACCUAUGCCGAGUCGAUGAAGGAGAUUCUCUACAGCUGCUCUCCUCCUCCCCCUGUUACCACCACCUCGACCACUCAAACUGUGACCCCGACUUCCAAGCCUAUUUCUACUCCUGUCCAUACUCCUUCCAGCUCGCCUGUCUUCUCGAGCUCCCCAGCUUCGUCUCCGGCUUCGUCCCCGGCUUCGUCCCCAGCUUCGUCCCCAGCUUCGUCCCCGGCUUCGUCCCCGGCUUCGUCUCCGGCUUCGUCCCCGGCUUCGUCUCCGGCUUCGUCCCCCGCCUCUUCCACUGUUGUCAUCCCGACCAGUACCCCUGCGGCUUCAAGCUCGGUCCAUGUGUCCUCAAGCUCCCCCGUUGCUUCCCAGUCGACUACUCCCUCGUCGUCCAGCCCAAUUGCACCCACUACUCCCGCGGUCCCAUCCAGCUCCAAGCCUGCGUCUUCCCGCCCUGCUUCUAGCCCUGCUUCUAGCCCUGCUUCUAGCCCUGCUUCUAGCCCUGCUUCUAGCCCUGCUUCUAGCCCUGCUUCUAGCCCUGCUUCUAGCCCUGUGACCAGCUCUCAGGCUUCCUCUUCUGUCAUUCCUACCAGCUCCAGUGUGCCGUCUAGCUCCCAGGUUGCUUCUUCCACUCCAGUGCACACUUCUAGCUCCAGCACUCCGGUCGUCUCGCCCUCAUCUACCCCGUGCAGCUCUGACAUUCCAUCCUCCUCUGCACCUGUCAACACUCCUAGCGGAACUCCGUCGAAGCCAUCUAGCACCCCCGUGGCUCCUACCCAAUCCUCUUCCUCUGUUGUCGUUGGAAGCUCCAGCUCCCCCGCCUCCAGCCAGCCAGCUGCUACUUCCAGUGUCCCUCUUGUCUCUCCUAGUGGACCGGUCUCCCAGACUUCAAGCACUCCCCUGAUCCCUACUCAGUCUUUGACUGCUUCUAACACUCCUCUGGCUCCUUCCAACGUCCCCGCCUCAAGCCAGCCAGCUUCCAGCUCCGUUCCCUCUGGAAUUGCCCCGGCCUCGAGCUCGACUGUACCAACUGAGACCUCCUCCUCGCAGAGUGUCGGUAGCACCAGCAUCGUCUCAAGCUCCUCGUCUGCUCCUGUCGGACCUACUCAUACGCCGGUCACCCAGUCUCCUGUGUCCAGCCCGUCGCGUGUCCCCAUCUCGAGCUCCGCUUCUUCGUCCCCUGUUGCUUCCUCCAGCCCCGUUUCUGUGUCCGAGACUGUGUCAGCCACUACCAGCACCCAAUCUGUUGAUCAGUCGAGCACUCCCAGUGUUGGUGCCACUGGUAGCUCCCAGACUACCAGCACCCCUGGAGCUACUGGAACUGAACUCCCUACCAUCACUUAUAUCAUCACUCCUACGCCUUCGGUCACACCUGCUCCCUCGUCUACCACGCAGCCUGAUGUCACCACGACGAUCAUUGUCACCUCGUACACUGAUAUCUGUCCCACUGGUUUCACCACCAUCACGACAACCAUCACGACCACUGUGUGCCCCGAAGCCUCUGCCACUGGCACUGCCAGCGUGACUGGUCCUCCUUCCGGUGUGGCCACCACCACUCCUUCUAUCCCCGAGGGCUGGACCACCACCGUGACCGUUUGCACUCACUGUGCUGCCACCCCGACCACUGUCACUCUCACCAAGCCCAUUGCCACCACCACGGCGCAGGCUACCCCCGAGCCUUCCAGCCCCGCUGGUGGCGAGACUUGGACUGAGACCUGGACUACCACUGUGACUUACUGCCCGCGCUGCGGUCCUAACGGCUCGACCGUCACCAUUCCUUAUACUCCCUCUGCUACCCCCACGGGUGCUUCGGGACAAGGUGAAGGCUCUGACUCCCCCAAGCCUACCAGCACCAGUACCGCCACUCUCGUCGUUGUCGGCCACUCUAAGUCCGUUGGAAAGGCGUCUAGCACUCCUUACCAGCCCAACUGGACCCCGACUUUCGCUGCCCACCCCACUGGUACCGCUUCCCAUGUCCAGUCCUCUCCCAGCGGCACUCAAGAGGGUGUCUCUCCGGUUUACACCGGUGCAGCCUCUCGGUCGGGAGUGACCAACUUCAUCGCCAUCUUCAUGACCGUCCUAGCGUCCUGCGUUUUCCUAAUCUGA